UUGAGGAGUCCGAGGGGAGAGAUGCCGCGUCCGUCGAGAGCUGCCAGUCGACAGCCGGGCAACAAAUACAAAGAUGAGAGUGAGAGCAGUGACUCCGAGGACUGGGAUGAAGAGGAAGAUCCAGAUAAUAUGAAUGUCCCAGGUGGCGGGACCAACCUAGGUGUGCUGAAGGGAGAGGAUCAGCCAGUGAAGAGUGAACCGUCCACCAGCCUCCCCUCCUUUGGGGCCGGCAGCUCGGGCAUCAAUCUCAACUCCCUUCUAUCACAAUCACAGCCGACUCUCACGCCUAAGCCAGAUCUGCUGAGCACUGCACUCUCAUCCUCAGGUCUAGAAGGCAUGGCAGGGGCAGCUGCUGGCCUACAGAAUCGUGCGGCUCUUCAGCAACAGCUGCUGCAGCGCGGGCUGGUGACCAAGGCUGCCUACUCGCCCGGCUACCAAGUAAUUCGCCCUGAUGGCCACCUACAACAGAGAGCAAGCAUGGGCAUGAUGGGGGGUCUAGGCAUGAUGGGCGGCAACCCACUGCAGUCUCUCCUGGCCCUGCGGGCACCGGGCCUUGACAUGGGCAACCCCGUUAUUGCACAGCUCAUGAUGCAACAGGCCAUGAGCAUGUCACAGACAGGAGCCCCCCAAGUGCAGAAGUUGAUGGGGAUGUACCCAGGGAUGGGGAUGCAGGUCAACCCUUUGAUGCUGGCGCAACCGGCAGCCGAGGAAGAUGUGGAGGAGGAUGAUGGCAUGGGUGUUGCGGAAACCUACGCUGACUACAUGCCCUCAAAGUUGAAGGUUGGCAUCAAGCAUCCAGACCAGGUGGUGGAGACGGCGUCAAUGUCCUCGGUAGAACCUCCUGAUGUGUGGUACAAAAUGGAUAUUCCUGAUACGACCAUUGACACAGGCAAACUGUCGGCCCUGCAGUUGGAGAGUAUCACGUAUGCCUCGCAGCAGCACGAGCACUUCCUACCAGAUGGGACACGAUCUGGCUUUCUCAUUGGCGAUGGUGCUGGCGUGGGCAAGGGCCGUACUAUUGCAGGGAUAAUCUAUGAGAACUACCUAAAGGGGCGAAAGAAGUCCAUAUGGGUGUCCGUGUCAAACGACUUGAAGUACGACGCUGAGCGGGACUUGAAGGACAUUGGUGCGGGCCACAUCCAGGUUCACUUCCUCAGCAAAAUGAAAUACGGAAAAAUCAACUCUGACCUCAAUGGUAAUGUAAAGAAGGGCGUCCUCUUUGCGACCUAUUCAGCUUUGAUUGGAGAGUCCUCAAGUGGCCAAGGAAAAUACAAGAGCCGUUUAAAGCAGAUUCUGAACUGGUGUGGCGAUGAUUUUGAUGGUGUUAUUGUGUUUGAUGAAUGCCAUCGUGCCAAGAACCUCUGCCCGGUGGGCUCUGGAAAGCCAACCAAGACAGGUUUAACUGUCUUAGAACUCCAGAACAGAUUACCCAAAGCGCGUGUGGUGUAUGCAUCUGCCACUGGAGCAUCUGAACCAAAGAAUAUGGCAUACAUGGUCCGUGUUGGGAUCUGGGGCAAGGGAACUCCCUUCCCCGAAUUCACAGAUUUCAUCAGUGCUGUUGAAAAGAGGGGUGUUGGUGCUAUGGAGAUCGUGGCCAUGGACAUGAAACUCCGUGGCAUGUACAUUGCCCGACAACUAAGCUUCCAUGGAGUAUCCUUCAGAAUAGAAGAAGUUCCUUUGGAUGAAGAUAUCAAGCUAGUGUACGAUGACUCUGUCAAAUUGUGGGUGGAUGCCCGUCAGAAGUUCCAGGAGGCGUCAGAGCUGAUCAAUGCAGAGAAGGGGAUGAAGAAAUCCAUGUGGGGUCAAUUUUGGUCUUCACAUCAGCGUUUCUUCAAGUAUUUGUGCAUUGCUGCAAAGGUGGACCAUGCAGUGCGACUAGCUCGUGAGGCUGUCAAAACAAACAGAUGUGUAGUCAUUGGCUUACAGUCGACUGGAGAAGCAAGAACUAUAGAACAAUUGGAAAAAGAUGAUGGGGAACUCUCAGAUUUUGUUUCAACUGCAAGAGGAGUCCUGGAGUCUUUAGUGGAGAAACACUUUCCAGCACCUGACCGCAAUCGCAUCAACAAGAUUCUUGGAAUCUCAGAAACCAGUAAAGAAUUCAAGGAUAUUAUUAAUGAAGUCACAGGGAAGACUUCAAAAAGGAAACCAGUGCGACAAGCGGCACAGAGAGCAGCAAAGAGAAGGUACAAGGACAUCCACUCCGAUAAUGAGGAAGACUCUGAUUUUGAGAUGUCAGGAGAGAGUGGAGGGGAAGAGGAGGAGGAUGAUGCAUACUCGUCAGAUCAGUCCUCUGAUUUCUCCGACAUAAGUGACUUUGAUGAUGAAGACAGUUGGGGCCGCCCGAAGAAGAGAGGGAAAGCCAAGAACCACAAACAGAAGAACGGCAAGGGACGGGCAGAAAAUGGAGCCAAACUCCCGCCUCCCCCCAAGGACCAUGUGGAGAGAGCCCAGAAGAUGAAGGCAGAUCUCCUUAAGAAUAUAACCAACCUUGGCAGAAAGCUGCCUCCAAAUACGCUAGACCAGCUGAUUGAUGAGCUCGGGGGCCCAGAAAACGUGGCGGAGAUGACGGGGCGCAAGGGGCGUGUAGUACAAAGUGACGAUGGCCAGGUCAUGUACGAGUCCAGAUCUGAAGCGGAUAUUCCACUGGAGAUUCUAAACAUCAAGGAAAAAGAGAGGUUCAUGAAUUCAGAAAAAGAUAUAGCUAUCAUCUCAGAGGCUGCUAGCUCAGGUAUUUCACUUCAGAGUGAUCGCAGAGUGAAAAACCAGAGAAGAAGAGUUCACAUAACACUUGAACUUCCUUGGUCGGCAGACAGAGCUAUUCAGCAGUUUGGUCGAACACACAGAAGUAACCAAGUAAAUGCACCCGAAUAUAUUUUCUUAAUAUCUGAACUUGCUGGAGAACGCCGAUUUGCCUCCAUUGUUGCAAAGAGAUUAGAGAGCUUGGGAGCCUUAACACAUGGAGAUCGAAGAGCCACAGAAUCACGUGAUCUCUCCUCCUUCAACAUUGACAACAAAUAUGGCCGCAUGGCACUGGAGUCGGCCAUGAAGACCAUGAUGGGCUAUGAGCAUCCCAUUGUCCCCCCUCCUGAGGACUACAAGGGAGACUUCUUUGCAGACAUACAGAAUGCUCUCGUUGGAGUGGGUAUGAUCCUAAGAGAAGACAGCAUUUAUCAGCUGGAUAAGGACUAUAACAACUUGAGUAAAUUCCUCAAUAGGAUAUUGGGAAUGCCAGUAGAGCUACAAAAUAGGUUAUUCAAAUAUUUCACAGACACAUUAGCUGCAAUUAUUAGUCAAGCCAAGCGGACAGGCAAAUAUGAUAUGGGUAUCCUUGAUUUGGGGGUUGGUGGGGAGGGCUGCAAGAGAACGAAAACUAAAACGUGGAUAGGAAAGCAUGCUACAGGAACAGCGAAGACUGAGAUCCACACUGUGUUAGUGGAGCGUGGCAUGUCGUGGUCAGAAGUGCAGGAAAAAUGGGCGGAACUGAGCGGGGACUUGGAAGGAUUCUACCUCUCCCACCAGGUUCGAAAUAACAAGAAGACUGCUGUGCUUGCUGUUUUAGAACCCUCAGCCACUAAUAAGAAGCGCGAGAAGAAUUCCAGAAUGUUCAUACUUUACCGGCCCAACACAGGAAUGCAAAUGAAACAGGAGGCUUAUUCGGAGCUGAAGAAGAAGUACAAGAAGGUGACACCAGACGAGGCACAAGAACACUGGGAGGAGCAGUUCAAGGCAUCUAGUCACACCUGUUCACAUGCCUACUGGCAGGGUAACUGUCGGCGGGUGAACAGUGGACUGGAGUGCGAGAUAGGCUUGCGUCGACGCACUUACCACAUAUUGUGUGGAUUAGUGCUAAAUGUUUGGGCAAAAGUGGAAGAUGUUCUGGCCUCAGCACCACACAGUCACUCUUCUACUAAGAUGCAGGUUGUACGUCUGAAAACGCACGAGGGAACAAAGCUUGUUGGGACCCUCAUUCCAAAUAACUUGGUUGAGAGGCUUUCUGCUGUCUUGGAAGAGGAUAGCACAGAGUCUUAUGAAGAGAACUUUACUGAUGAAGACAGUAAAGACAGCAAGGAUGAAAAAUAAUAGAAGUUUGAACUUAUGAGGACAAAUAUUGAUUUCUCAGUAAGGGAUAGUAGUACAGGAAGACAGUAGUUGGUCUUCAAAGAAAGGAUGUUUAAGCUAAGUGCUGUAUGCAGAUGCAGAGUUUUUCUAUGGGUUUGCACGGAUUCAUCAUGUUUAGGAGAAAAUGUUGAAUUUGUGCAUUCUGCAACUGCUUAUGAGCUUCUAAGCUGUUCCUUAUACUGAUCCUUUGGUAAUGUGAAAUGCACUGCAUUGACAAUAUAUUCAUAUCAGUGAUCAGUGUUAAAUGUUGAACAUGGUCAGCCAAAGGAUUGCUAGGAGACGUCACAAGCGAUCAUACACAGGUGUAGAGCAGAGCAAUGUCUUUACUAAUUGAGUUAAUUGUAUAUGAAUUAACAUAGUUCAGGCCGGCAAUCCUCAUGCUGCAGGAGUUUAUACCUAGUGACAUUGGUAUAUAUUUUCUAAUGUGACCUUAGGCACUAAAGAGAUUGCUGUACUCUUCCCCAAGAUAUUGUGCUUGAAGUCACUUCUUGAGUCAUCAAAGUGAGCUUAUGUAUAAUACUGCAGUGUUGAAAUUUGAGUUGCGGUUGGCCAGUUGGCAUAUGUAAGCAAAACUGCAAAGAGGAUGGCUGUUGUCCUUAAAUUUGUCAAGUGAUAUUUUCAGGUGUACUCCUUACUGAAGGAGUCUUGGUGGCAAUUAAUGGGAAUAUAAGUAGUGUACCUGCUGUAAAGCCAAGAAACAUUUUAGGAAAUGCAGAGAUUCUGUAGUUAUCAAUAUAGUGGAAAACUGUAGAUUUUUCAUAGAUUUUGGCACCAGAUAAUUUGCAUUUUGUGUAUUUAAGUGUGCACAAAUUACUGUAUGUUGCCUUUCAAGAUUACAAUCUUGAACCAUAUGAUUCAUAUUCUAUCCUUUAGAUUUAUUUAGCCCUAUGAUCAUGUUGCACCAUGGUAGUGUCCUGAUCAACCGAUUGACAUACUUAUUAACUGAACAAGGUCAUAUGAUUUACAGCUUCACGUAGCUCAGUUGAAGGCUAAAAAUUGAUGUACAUAUGAUUUUCUUUGUCAUACUAUAUUUAUUGUAUGAACAUGAAGCUGUUCCCUGAUUUAUAUUGGUAGAUUUGAUGUGUUGUGGAAGAAUGUACGUUGUAAAAUUUAUGUCUGUAAGAUAACCUUCAUAAUUUAGAUUUACACCAAUAGCAUUAUAGGGGUAUAGCUUUUCAGUACUAGUUUCUUCUAGAAAAUUUGCAUGUAGGAUUAAAAUUAAUUUGAUGAAACUGAGGAUCAUUUAAUAGGUAGGCAUUAGCAGUAAAAAAGAAUUAAAAAGAAAAAAACAAAAUAGGUAAGAAGGAUAGAGGACAUGGGCAGCAGGUACUCCUAAUCCAUUUACAGGGCAUUUUCCAAAGUAUUGUACAACGUGAUCUCGUAUGACCUGAACACACAUUUAUGGCCAAAAUUCUGCAGUUUUGCAUGAGGUUAAAAUGUAUUUCAUUGACAUAAAUAUGACAGUAUUUUCCAGAAGAUGUAGUCUUUACUUUCAACCUUCAUAUUUCCUUCUUAGUAUGUGACUAUUCAGCAAUUUUGAAUAUUUGUUCAGCUUCAUGUAAGGCCACAGAGUUCAGGACAGUGUUUACGGUGCCGAUGGGCACAGUGUAGAUAGUACAAGUGGUUUCACAAAGCAGUCAUCAACAGGAGGGCAUAAGGUCCAGUUCUGUUUUUUUCCUUUUCUUUUGUCUUUUUACAAGCAAACUUAAUGGAUAUUUAUUUUAUUUAUUCAGUUAUCUCUUAUUAUACUUACUUAAUCAUUUUCAUGGUAAGCAGCUACAGCUGUGUUGUGCAUUAUUUAGGAAUAUAAUUUGAAUUUGAAAGGAAAAUUAGAAUUGUAAAAAAAAAAAAUACAAAUUAAGUGCAGGAUGUAAGUCUUUAUUUGGGAAACUUGGAAUGCAAGCAUCUUACAUGACAUAGAACCCUCCUGCUGAUGAUAGCAAUAUUUGGUGUUCUUCCAUGUGAGUCAUUGUGGUUAGGUCAGUCAUGCCAUUCAUACCAUACAGUAGUCACAUUUCUUCACCAAGUGGGUAUUUUAGAUCUAUUAAUUUUGUAUGCUUUUGCCUGUAUGUUGCCCCCUGCAAAGUAUUUUUUUUUUCUCUGUCAGGAACAGAUUUUAAGUAUCUGAGUUAGCUGUAACAGAAGCAGCUGACUUCCAAGGUUAAUUGUUAUUGAUAUAGGAAUCAAGUACUGUGGUGUCAGGAACAAGCCAGCUGGUACUAGGAAUAGGUUUUUCUGUUAAGAUCUCAUUAAUAGGCACACACCUCCCCCUUCAACUCCAUUUUACAAUGCAUCAUGCUGUACAUUGUAUACGACAUGCCCUCAUCAGAAGUCUAAACAUCAGGAGCAUUUGGUUGACAGAGAAUUUUUAAAAUGUUAUUUUAAUAUUCUUUCUUUCUAUACUUUUUUUUUUAAGGAAAUUUGACCAUGGCCUUCUGUUAAACAGGUGUUCCCUUUCAACCAAAUGCAAGGAAAAGAAUAAAUAGUACCAAUUGUAGUACUGUACUUACAAUGUAUUGUACCAAACUGUUAAGGGAAUAUGUAGCAGUCAAUUAUACUUGGAUAUUUGUUUA